CCGAACCUCUGUGGAGAGCAGCCAAAAUAGGACCAGAUACCACACGGCUUCCCCACCAUAGACAUGGGCCCCCAGCUGAAGGUUGUGGAAAGAACGCGUACGGCUACAAUGCUGUGUGCAGCCAGCGGAAACCCCGAUCCAGAGAUCUACUGGUUCAAAGAUUUCCUGCCUGUGGAUAUUAGUAGCAGCAAUGGGCGCAUUAAGCAGCUGCGAUCAGGUGGUACACCAAUAAGAGGAGCGCUUCAGAUUGAAAACAGCGAGGAGUCGGACCAGGGCAAAUAUGAGUGUGUGGCUGUCAACAGCGCCGGGACUCGUUAUUCGGCUCCGGCUAACCUUUAUGUUCGAGAUCAACGGGAAGUUCGCCGUGUGCCGCCCCGUUUCUCCAUCCCCCCCACCAAUCAUGAGGUGAUGCCCGGAGGCAGCGUCAACCUGACCUGCGUCGCAGUCGGCGCUCCCAUGCCUUACGUCAAGUGGAUAAGUGGUGAAGUGGAGCUGACCCGGGAGGAUGAGAUGCCCAUUGGCCGCAAUGUUCUGGAGCUCACCAACAUCCGCCAAUCUGCCAAUUACACCUGUGUGGCCAUAUCCUCCCUGGGCAUGAUCGAGACUACAGCUCAGAUCACAGUCAAGGCUCUUCCCAAGAUGCCCACUUCCCUCACUGUGACAGAAACCACAGCUACCAGCGUCACCCUGACUUGGGACUCCGGCAACCCAGAACCUGUGUCCUACUAUGUUAUUCAGUAUCGUGCCAAAUUGUCGGAGAACGGUUUCCAGGAAGUAGAUGGUGUCGCCACAACCCGCUACAGCAUUGGUGGCCUCAGCCCCUUCUCUGAAUACGAGUUUCGUGUCAUGGCUGUGAACAACGUUGGCCGGGGUCCUCCCAGCAGCAUCGUGGACACCCGUACAAGUGAGCAAGCACCCUCAUCACCACCUCUUCAUGUCCAGGCACGCAUGCUGAGCUCCAGCACCAUGCUGGUCCAGUGGGAGCCUCCCGAAGAGCCCAAUGGCCAAAUCCGGGGCUAUCGGGUCUACUACAGCUCAGAUCACGAUGCCCCGCUCAGCGCCUGGCAGAAGCACAACACAGAUGACAGCCAUUUCACCACCAUCUCAGGCCUGGCAACAGAUAUCACCUACAGCCUGAGGGUGCUGGGCUUCACCUCAGUGGGAGAUGGGCCUCCGUCUGACACUCUACAGAUCAAAACCAGGCAGGGAGUUCCAGCUCAGCCGUCUGACUUUGACGGUGAGGCUGAGCUAGACUCACGCAUCAUGCUGUCAUGGCUUUGGCCUGUCCAGGAACCCAUCAUUAGCUUUGAACUGGUGUACUGGGAAGCCAACAAUCCCACAGACAAGCACCGCGUCACUUUCGAUGCAGCAGGCUCCUAUGCAGUCGAUGGUCUGAAGCCAGACACGCUGUACGUCUUCUCCCUGGCAGCCCGAUCUGAGAUGGGCUUAGGCGUCUUCACUCAGCCUAUUGAAUGCAGGACAGCUCAGUCCACCCCAUCAGCCCCACCCCAGGAAGUACAUUUGCUCAGCCUCAGUUCCACCAGCAUCGAGGUGAGGUGGGUGGCCCCGCCCACAGACAGCCAGCACGGUGAGAUUGUUGGCUACUCCCUGGCCUACCAAGCACUCACGGGAGAGGACCAGAAACGCCACCAGGUGUCAGGGAUUGGUCCUGAUAUCACCAGCUACAUUUUGGAGGACCUGGAGAAGUGGACGGAGUAUUUGGUGUGGGUGAGGGCUCACACAGAUGUUGGGCCAGGUCCAGAGAGCUCUGCAGCUAAAGUCAGAACCAAGGAAGAUGUGCCUGGAGCUCCUCCCAGGAAGGUGGAGGUAGAGGCCCUGAACUCUACUGCCCUCAGGGUGAGCUGGAAGCCCCCGCUGUCCGUGAAGCAGCAUGGGCAGAUCAGAGGAUACCAGCUGGUUUACUCCAGGCUAGAGAACGGGGAGCCCCACGGCCAGCCGGUCCUCCUGGAUGUUAACCUCCCUGAAGCCCAGGAGGCCUUUAUAGCAGGUCUGCUCCCAGAAACAACCUAUUCUGUGACUGUGGCUGCAUAUACUACCAAGGGUGACGGAGCUCGCAGCAAGGCCAAGGUGGCCACCACCACAGGAGCAGUUCCUGGAAAGCCCACUAUGAUGAUCAGCACCACCAUCGGGAACACCGCUCUAAUCCAGUGGCAGCCCCCUAAAGAAAUGGUUGGGGAGCACAUGGGAUACCAGCUGCAGUACAAGAGAGCAGAGGAGGAAGCUUUCACCAUUAAACACUUCAAGAAGACAGAUGAUCAUUUCACAGUCACCGGCCUCCACAAGGGUGCCGUGUACAUCUUCAAACUGUGUGCCAAAAACAGAGCAGGGAACGGGGAGGAGUAUGUAAAAGAGAUCAGCACCCCUGAGGACAUUCCCAGCAGCUACCCGCAAAACCUGAGCGUGGUCGGCCUUACUGCAACUUCCACCAAACUGGCCUGGGACCCGCCUCCUCUGGCUGAAAGAAAUGGGAAGAUUGUGAAGUAUGUGGUGAUGUACCGAGACAUUAACAGCCCGAACAACAGCACCAACGUUACCACAGAUACACAGCUCACCGUCUACGGUUUGCAGCCUGACACAACCUAUGACAUAAGAGUCCAAGCUUUCAGCAGCAAGGGCGGAGGACCUAUCAGCCCCAGCAUCCAGAGCAGGACCAUGUCCACCUCCAUGCCAGAUCUUCCCUCAGUGUUUACCAAGAACUUUGGUGUGAAGGCUGUGACAAAGACCUCGGUCCUGCUGACCUGGGAAGUGCCAGAAACAUACAAAUCUCAAGUGCCUGUCAAGAUUCUGUACAACCAGCAGAGUGUGGAGGUUCAAGGCAACCUGAAAAGGAAGCUGAUCACACAGCUGCAGCCAGACACUGAUUAUUCGUUUGUGCUAAUGAGCCGAGGGAAUAGUGCUGGCGGCCUCCAGCAGCAGGUCUCCAUCCGAACGGCUCCGGACCUUCUGACGGUGAAACCAGCUCAACACCAUAUAGAUGUGGAGGAAGGUGGUAAAGUGACUAUCAGCCUGCUGAAGGUCCCGGACGCAGCGGCUGUCAGGUGGUACUACAUAGUGGUUGUCCCUGUCACUCCAGUUUCUCUGAGGAGAUGGGAAAACCCUGAAGACAUGGACAUACAAGAGCUUCUGGAGUCCGGUGCUGACAGCAGCCUGCAGAGGAGGAAAAGGCAGAGCAAUGACUUCCUGCAGCCCUACAUUGCUGCCAAGCUGGAUACGCUCCCUGAGAUCUUCACUCUGGGUGAUGAAAAGAAAUACAGCGGCUUCUACAACAAACCGCUCCCUGGACAGCAGCAGUACCGCUGCUUCGUUUUGGCUGACCUGACGGACCACGAGUCUCAGAGGACAUUUGCAGCCAGCCCUUUCUCUGAUCCCUUCACGGUGAAGAUCAGUGGGGUUAUUCGACAACCACAAGAAGACCCAGAGAUGCUGUGGGUGAUGGGUCCGGUGCUGGCAGUCAUUCUGAUUAUCAUUAUAGUCAUCGCUAUUUUACUCUUCAAGAGCAAACAAGAAAGGAAACGAACGUCUCCAGCCAAGGAUGAGCACAUGGCAGGAGUGAAGGACUCGCUGCUGGCCCACUCGUCAGAUCCUGUGGAGAUGAGGAGACUCAACUAUCAGACACAAGGUUCCAGUGUCCUCAGUUGCCCGAAUACUCCAAGGAUGAGGGAACAUCCUCCCAUCGCUGUUUGUGACCUGGCCGACCACAUUGAGAGACUCAAGGCCAACGAUGGUCUGCACUUCUCUCAGGAGUACGAGUCUAUUGAUCCAGGACAGCAGUUCACCUGGGAGCACUCCAACCUGGAGGUCAACAAGCCAAAGAACCGUUAUGCAAAUGUUAUUGCUUACGACCACUCCAGGGUCAUCCUCACACCCGUGGACGGAGUUCCAGGUAGUGACUAUAUAAAUGCCAACUACAUUGACGGGUACAGGAAACAGAACGCUUACAUCGCUACCCAGGGUCCGCUGCCAGAGACGCUAAGUGACUUCUGGAGGAUGGUAUGGGAGCAGAGGACAUGCACCAUCGUUAUGAUGACUCGCCUGGAGGAGAAGUCACGGGUGAAAUGUGACCAGUAUUGGCCCAGUCGAGGCACGGAGACGUACGGGAUGAUUCAAGUGACCAUGUUGGACACGCUGGAGCUGGCUACGUACAGUGUGAGAACGUUUGCCCUCUAUAAGAAUGGCUCCAGUGAAAAAAGAGAAGUUCGACAGUUCCAGUUUCUGGCUUGGCCGGACCAUGGAGUGCCUGAGUAUCCGACCCCAACACUGGCCUUUCUACGCAGAAUCAAGUCCUGCAAUCCUCAAGAUGCCGGACCCAUGGUGGUUCACUGCAGUGCCGGUGUGGGCCGGACGGGCUGCUUUAUUGUGAUUGACGCCAUGUUGGAGAGGAUGAAACACGAGAAGUCGGUGGACAUAUACGGUCAUGUGACGUGCAUGCGAGCUCAAAGGAACUACAUGGUGCAGACAGAGGAUCAGUACAUAUUCGUCCACGAGGCCCUGCUGGAAGCUGCAGUCUGUGGCAACACAGAAGUCCCUGCCCGCAACCUGUACGCCCACAUCCAGAAGCUCACCCAGGUGCCCGCUGGAGAGGCGGUGACAGCUAUGGAACUGGAGUUUAAGAAACUGGCCAACUCUAAAGCACAUACCUCAAGAUUCAUCAGUGCCAACCUGCCGUGCAACAAAUUCAAGAACCGCCUGGUGAACAUCAUGCCUUUCGAGUCUACUCGCGUCUGCCUGCAGCCGAUCAGAGGGGUGGAGGGCUCUGACUACAUCAAUGCCAGCUUCAUCGACGGGUACAGGCAGCAGAAAGCCUACAUGGCCACCCAGGGCCCGUUAGCCGAGACCACAGAGGACUUCUGGAGAAUGCUGUGGGAGCACAACUCCACCAUCGUAGUGAUGCUCACCAAACUCCGAGAGAUGGGACGGGAAAAGUGCCAUCAGUACUGGCCUGCUGAGCGCUCUGCACGUUACCAGUACUUUGUUGUGGACCCGAUGGCCGAGUACAACAUGCCUCAGUACAUCCUCCGAGAGUUCAAAGUCACUGAUGCCCGGGAUGGUCAAUCGAGGACCAUCAGGCAGUUUCAGUUCACGGAUUGGCCAGAGCAAGGAGUGCCAAAAACCGGGGAGGGAUUCAUUGACUUCAUUGGCCAAGUGCAUAAAACUAAAGAGCAAUUCGGACAAGAUGGACCCAUCACUGUUCACUGCAGUGCUGGUGUUGGGAGGACUGGUGUGUUUAUUACUCUGAGCAUCGUUCUGGAAAGGAUGAGGUAUGAAGGAGUGGUCGACCUCUUCCAGACCGUCAAGACUCUCCGAACUCAGAGACCGGCUAUGGUGCAGACAGAGGAUCAGUACCAGCUGUGCUACCGGGCUGCUCUGGAGUACCUGGGAAGCUUUGAUCACUAUGCAACAUAACCCUGCCCAGAAAGAAGCCCUCAGAGGAGAUCUGUGUCUCUUCUGAGCCACAUCCACUCUGCUCCAUUGGCCCCUGCAGGCUGAUGAGGAGGCUCUGAAGAGGACUGAUGAGGAGAUGACCACAGCAGGAAUCAGGAGAGAUUAAUGGAAAGAGG